GAGAGCUCGGCCUGCGUUGCGCUGCACUGUCCUGCCUCGGGGCCGCGGAGCCGCAGGGUCGGGCUGCGGCGCGGCAGCAGCAGCUCCCCGAGCCCUCGCGGGCACGACCUGACGCCGGCCUGGCCCAGCCCCGCCCCGGCGGGCGGAGUCCCUCCGGGAAGGGGGUGUCCCGCCGGGAGCGCCCCGGGCUCCGGAGUAAUCGCCUUGCUUUACAGCCCCUGCAGGGCCGGGAGCCUCGGCCUCGCUGUCAGAGCCGGGGGUGUCACAACACCUUCCCCGCUCCCCGCCUUGUAUCGCGGGGAGGGCCGAGGGGAGGGGCUGGGAAGGCCUGGCUCGCAGUGUGGGUGGCGUGUGGGCACUGGGCUGCGGAUUCUGGCCUCACAGGACGGAGCUGUAUGAGGACCCACCGUCGGGAUGCUGGCCCAUCGUAUAUUCCCCAGACUACAACAUCACCUUCAUGGGACUUGAGAAGCUGCACCCCUUUGAUGCAGGGAAAUGGGGGAAAGUCAUCAAUUUCUUGAAAGAAGAAAAACUAAUUGCAGAUGACUCGAUUGUGCAGGCACGGGAGGCAACUGAUGAAGAUCUCUUGGUUGUUCACACCAGGCGCUACCUUAAUAAAUUAAAGUGGUCAUUUGUUGUGGCUACAAUCACAGAAAUUCCACCAGUUGCCUUUCUUCCAAAUUUUGUUGUUCAGAGAAAAGUUCUGAAACCUCUACGAACCCAGACAGGAGGAACGAUAAUGGCAGGAAAGCUUGCUGUGGAUAGAGGAUGGGCCAUCAAUGUGGGGGGUGGUUUCCAUCACUGCUCCAGUGACAAAGGGGGAGGAUUUUGUGCGUAUGCUGACAUUACACUGGCCAUCAAGUUCUUAUUUGAGAGAGUACAAGGAGUAUCUAGAGCUGCAAUUAUUGAUCUGGAUGCCCAUCAGGGAAAUGGCCAUGAGAGGGACUUUAUGGAUGAUCCUCGGGUUUAUAUUAUGGAUGCAUACAACAGAUACAUUUACCCAGGAGAUGGUUUUGCUAAACGUGCCAUAAAACGCAAAGUGGAACUGGAAUGGGGCACAGAGGACACCGAGUACCUGCAGAAGGUGCACACCCAUGUGGAAGGAGCCCUGAAUGAAUUCAAGCCUGACAUCGUUGUUUACAAUGCUGGCACUGACAUUCUGGACGGGGAUCCCCUGGGAGGCCUGGCCAUUUCCCCCCAGGGCAUUGUGAAGAGGGAUGAGGUGGUGUUCAGGGCUACCAGGAGCCGUGGGAUCCCUGUGCUGAUGGUAACAUCCGGGGGGUACCAGAAGAGGACGGCACGGAUCAUUGCUGACUCCAUCCUCAACCUGCAUAGCCUGGGGCUCCUGGGCAGGGAGCGGGCAGCCUGUGCACUUGGGAGUCCCAGCCUGGAUCAGAUGGUCAGAGACUCUGCUAAGGACUUCAGCAACUUGUCACUGCAGUGACAGGUCACCAAAUGUUAGUCAUGUAACUCAGAGGCAAUACAGAAUAACUCUGUCUAACUCCUGAAUUUAUCUUGAGCUAGGGCAACACAUUCUUUUAAGCUAAUUGAGAUAUGUUCUCAAGGGUACUGUCUUUGUGUUUAAUACUGCUGUAGAAAGCUUAAUUUGCUUCUCUGAUUGGUAUGGGGGUCUGUUAUGUUGGAAGAACUAUGCAGCUGGUAUCCGAAGACUGUCCCAGACCUGUUUCAGAUGGUGGAGAAUUGUCUGAGGUGGGAGGACUAUGGACUAAAGCUACUGUUUUGUGAGGUUUUUUAAAUGCUGUGUUUUAUUUAUUGCUUUUUAAAUUGAGAUAGUGUUAUAAAACAAGUUCUGUGCAGACUUCAACUGUCAGUUUAACACUAAGGGGAAGUGCAAUACUGUAAAAGCCAGGGUAGUUUGUUUAUGGCUUUGAAGCUAUAGACAGGUAGAAGAAAUGUUUGUAAAUUCAUAGUUUAUUCCUGUUGUUGAUAGUGACUUAAAUCUUUCUCAUAAACACCUUAUGAAAUAGAAUAUGAAACACCUUUGGCUCCAUAUGCAAAUGAGCCAUAAGAGGCUCACCAUUUACCAGUCUGGUGUUCCAAACAAACUCUGCAUGUGACGGGCAAUAGGUUCUGUGCACUGUAAUAACUCACAUAUGGAGAAACUACAGUCCAAUGAAAGCUGAUCUUAGAGUUCUCAGCAACCUUACAAAAAAAAAACUAUGUAGAAAUAUAGGUUGUCUUAUUAUUUCCAGCUUGCCAUGUAUGAAACAGGGAGGAGUACAUUUAAAUAAUUUUUCCCCAACUAGUGCUGCGUUUUUUAUUUGCUCAGAGAGUAAUGAUACUUCUAGUUGUAGUCAUAGUUGGUAAGCAGAUCCUUUAUUAUUCUUGUUCAUCGAGGAAUGCAGUGACAUUCCUACAAUAAGAUAAUGGGCUAACUUUGUACAGAGCUCUUAGGAGGAUUUGGGAACAAAAUAGUGUAUUCAAAGCAACUUGCUUCAAAUUCAGUUGCACUACCUGGGAAGUUUGGCUUUGCACAAGUUGGUAUAUUUUGCUUUAGGUGCUGUUUGUAGCAGUGGGUUGUAAAUGUACUAAACUGUAUAUUUUGCAAGAGCUUUUAUAACUUUCAUUGAUUUGUACUACAAGUUUUACAUCAUGUUUAGGUUGGAGCCAUCCUGUGAGGGAGCACCAGGAUAUUCCUUGUAGUAGACUUGUUGUGUAAGCUAUUUAAGGAAUGUUCAAUUCUAAUUAUAAUACUUACCUCAUUUAGUGUUGAUGUUUAGAUCAUGGGGUUUGUCAAUUGUAGGAAUUGCACAACUGCUAUAAAUACCUGCUUUAAACCAGAUCUGACCUAUUGCACUAAGCUUGAGUUGCUACACUGGGGUUCGAGAGCACUUUUAAAUUUCUUACUAAAAGGACCAUCAGAGUACAACUAAUGUUGAGAUUUAUUUUUUCUAUACUGUCUGACAUUACUGAAAGAUGUUGUUAUUCUUUCAUAUAAUUUUUAUAAAAUUCAUUUCUAUGAAUUAAACUGCCGUCAUAGCACCACAUGGUCUUUCUGCAAACAUUUGCUGUUUGUGUUUAACCUAUUUCUAUAAUUUUCCCUCAGUGGAGAUUAAAAUGAUGUUGAA